UCUCAAAUAAUCAUUGCUCCGAAUGCCCUAAUUUCAAUUCGCUCAAAACCAUAAUUCUGAUUAAACCCAAUUAAUCAAAGACAAAUUCAAAGAUUCAUUUCUCGUAACGUGGAAAUUCAUUGUCACCCUUGUUGAUGAACACAAUGGUCUUUAAAGAUUCUUCAAAACCCUUAAUUACACCCAUCACAACCUCCACUUCUCGCAACGAGACCAUAAAUGGGUCGCACCAGUUCAAGAUCAGUGGCUACUCUCUUUCUAAAGGCAUGGGCAUCGGAAAGUACAUAGCUUCCGAUACCUUCCUUGUAGGUGGGUAUGCGUGGGCUGUUUAUUUCUACCCUGACGGCAAGAGCGUUGAAGACAACGCCGCUUACGUUUCACUGUUUGUCGCCCUCGCAAGCGAAGGGACGGACGUUAGAGCUCUGUUUGAGCUUGCGCUUUUGGAUCAGAGCGGGAAAGCACGGCACAAGGUUCAUACCCAUUUUGGGAGGACCCUCGAGAGUGGACCCUACUCGCUUAAAUAUCGGGGGAGCAUGUGGGGUUAUAAGCGCUUUUUUAAAAGGACUCUUCUUGAGACAUCAGACUACCUUAAAGAUGAUUGCCUCUCAAUUCACUGCUGUGUCGGUGUAGUUAAGUCAUAUACAGAGGGACCUGAUACUUUCUCAAUUGCUGUGCCACCUUCUGAUAUCAGUAAGCAAUUUGGAAAGCUUCUAGAAAGUGGUAGGUUUACUGAUGUGAAUUUUGAAGUUGACGGGGAAAAGUUUCCGGCUCACAAAUUGGUUCUUGCUGCGCGCUCACCUGUGUUCAGAGCUCAACUUUUUGGUCCGCUGAAGGAUCAAAAUACUCAAUGCAUUAAAGUUGAAGACAUGGAAGCCCCAGUUUUUAAGGCAUUACUCCAUUUUAUCUACUGGGAUACCCUACCAGACAUGGAAGAGCUUGUGGAUCUAAAUCCAAAAUGGGCUUCUACACUAAUGGCUCAGCAUCUGCUUGCAGCGGCAGAUCGAUAUGCUCUUGAGAGGCUGAAGUUGCUGUGUGAGGCUAAACUUUGUGAAGAUGUUGCCAUAAACACAGUUGCUACUACAUUGGCCUUGGCAGAGCUGCACCACUGUUUCCAACUGAAAGCUGUUUGUCUCAAGUUCAUUGCACUGCCUGAAAAUUUGAAAGCCGUGAUGCAAACAGAUGGAUUUGAAUACCUAAAAGAAAGCUGCCCUUCUGUCCUGACCGAACUGUUGCAGCAUGUGGCACAAAUUGGUGAGCAUUCGGUCAUCGCUUCUGGAUAUAAUGAGAUAACAUUAGAUGGCUGUGAUGUGAAUGGGAGGCGGGUGAAGCCGAGGACACAUUGAUUUAAGCAAAACAGAUAGAUUCAUCUUUCUCCAGAAGAACAUUGAUAAUAAUAAUAAUAAAGCUUGUUAGAUUAAAAAAAUUUUGGAUCAUACUAACAGUUGACAAUUCAUUUGAUAGAAUUUAAGAUUAUUGGUUGAUUAAUCUGUUCUACAUUUUGUGACUGUCAUAAGUUUGCUUUCUGGACUGUUAAGAUUGGUGAGUUGGGUUGCUCCUGAAAUGAGUGUAUGUAAUUAUACAUUUGCAUCCGGGAUUAUUUGUUAGAUAUUAAUUUGAACUUUAUUCAA